AUGCCUAAAAGAAAGGAACUUACUGAUUUUGAACGUGGAGAAAUUGUUGGUUUACAUAAAGCAAAAAUUCCACAAAGAAAAAUUGCUGAAAUAUUAAAUCAUCCUAAAUCUACAGUUGGAGAUGUAAUAAAAAAAUAUAAUGAACAAGGUCUAACUUCUACUAUUCCACGAUCAGGUAGACCAAAAAUAUUAACUGAUCGAGAUAAAAGACAAUUGGUAAAAAUUAUUAAAGCUAAUAGAAAUUUAACAUUAGUUGAAAUUACUGAAAAAUUUAAUGAAACAUUAAAUUUUUCAAUUUCUAGUAGAACAGUUCAAAGAGUUUUACAUGAAGAAGGCUAUACAUUACAAACUGAAUGGUACAAAAUUGAUAAAAGUAAACUUAUUCAAUUAGUAAAAAGUAUGCGAUAUAGAGUUGCUGAAGCUAUAAGAAAUAAAG